GGGAGGCCGGCGCGCCGGCGGGCGGGCGAGGAGCGCGGUGGCGGCCGCGGGAUAUGAAGACGCAGAAGCACCAAAAAGAGUGAUGAUUUGUGAUCUCAUCUGGGUGUCAGUGCUCAUGCCUCGGGACACCUGUCAAGAGCGCCAGCCAGCUCCUGGGACCAGCCUUUCAUCCACUUAGUUCUUUUCUUUGCCUGAACUGCUGAAGCCAGCUAACCACGAAUGGCUACCCAAAGGAAACACUUAGUGAAAGAUUUCAACCCUUACAUUACCUGCUACAUCUGUAAAGGGUAUCUGAUCAAACCAACCACAGUGACAGAAUGCCUCCACACCUUCUGUAAGACCUGUAUUGUCCAGCACUUUGAAGAUAGUAAUGAUUGUCCAAGAUGUGGCAACCAAGUUCAUGAAACAAAUCCAUUGGAAAUGUUGAGGUUGGAUAAUACAUUGGAGGAAAUUAUAUUUAAGCUGGUCCCCGGACUACGAGAAAAAGAACUUGAACGUGAAGCUGAAUUUUGGAAAAAAAAUAAGCCUCAAGAAAACGGACAAGAUGACACUUCAAAAGUUGACAAAACUACAGCAGACGAAGAAGGGGAUGAGGCUCAAGAUGAUAAAGACUAUCAUAGAAGUGACCCACAAAUUGCUAUUUGUCUAGAUUGUUUACGAAAUAAUGGACAAUCAGGGGACAACGUAGUAAAGGGUCUGAUGAAGAAAUUCAUUCGAUGUUCUACACGUGUUACAGUGGGAACUAUUAAAAAGUUUCUAAGUUUAAAACUAAAGCUUCCAAGUUCUUAUGAGUUGGAUGUGCUGUGCAAUGGUGAGAUUAUGGGGAAGGAUCAUACUAUGGAAUUCAUCUAUAUGACAAGAUGGCGGCUAAGAGGAGAAAACUUUCGGUGCCUGAACUGCUCAGCUUCGCAAGUCUGCUGUCAGGAUGGCCCUUUGUAUCAGUCGUACCCUAUGGUAUUGCAGUAUCGACCAAGAAUUGAUUUCGGGUAGACCAAAGGGCCUAGAUUUCACUGAAAUGAAUCCUGCACUAUUUGUUUACUCGUCGACAGAUUGCACAGUGAACGGUGUGUGGACUAGAGGGACACAAUCAGAUUUUCAGCAUGCAAACAGGGCCAUUGUCUGUCUCUAAAUUGUUAGUUGCAUUCAUGUUGUUUCUGUUAGGAGUAGUCCAAAUACCAUUCUGCUAUGGAACCAUCUGUGUAAGGUAUUUCUGCUGUCUCACAGUGUGCAAGUCAUGGCUGCAAUCCAUUAGGUGUGCAGCCAUAACUAAGCUUUCUGAGUAUUUUGCUUGCCCAUUCCCAGAUUGUUCUAAUGUUUCAUUACACUAGUAAAAUGGCUCACUCCUUGUGGUAUGGUAGUUUUCACAUACUUAACUAUUUUAUCAGCUCUUGUUUAUUAUAGAGUACUGUACAAGAACGUAAUUAUAUCUUGAAAUUAUUUUGUAUGAAAAUAUAUUUACAAAAGUGGUUUCAGAGCCACUGUUAUUCUUGGUAAGCUUUUAUGUAAAACAAAAAGAAGAAGAAGAAGAAAAGAAAAAAUGAGCUCAUUCUUGAGUGUACAAGUCUUUUGUGAAAAAUUCCAGUUAUUAUUUUUGCAUUAGAGCACAUAAUUGUAGACAUGCUAGACAUCUGUAUAGUCUACUAAUUGCACAAGGAAGGCAUGUUAGCCCUCCAGAUUGAAAAUGUCUGUGACUUCUUAGUCAACUGAAGUGUUAGAUUCACAACCAUUUAAUAUAUUGGCAGCUGAUCGUACCGACUUCUAAUAAAAGUAAUGUGUAAGGUUAUAUUUGAUGAUGCCUUAGGACAAGCGGGUGCUGCUUCACGAAACUUCGUUGUAUAACCUGUUGUAUCUGUGUAUCAUUACACUGUUGCUAUCAUUCAAUGGAUACUUUUUUUGUUGUUUAAAUUGGCCUUAGGUUUGUGUCAUUGUGGCAUGCAAAAGGUUGUAUAUGAUGAUAUUAUGACUUUUAGAACAGGUAACAUUGACUACAAUGGAUUCCAAAAGUCUCAAAACAGUUGUAAGAUAAUAUUACUAACUACGCAUCACAAUUCCCAACCAUAUGCAGAAAACGGAAUAAAAGCAAUGUAGUUGAUAAAUAUGCUAACCAAAAUUAGUGGUUUGGCUUAGUUUGUUUUAGAUACUAUAGUAAGUAGGGAAGUGGGAUUAUUGUUUUAAAUGUGAGUUCAUUGGAAGUCAGCUAUGACAGUGUUCCUAAUUUGCAAUGUGUUAAGUCUUCCAUUCUUGUUGAGAUUAGUCUGCAACUCAAAGAAAGUCUUGUUACCUUAUUACAUUAAAACUUCGUUUUAAACCCUGUAAAAUGCAUAGUGUUCCCAAAAACCUCUUUGGAAAUUGUCUUUCAGUUGCUUUGAAACAAAUGAGUCAACCUCUGAGUCUUAAUAAAAAUGUUAGUAAUUAAUAAAAUUACUUGUUUUAGAAACCUGACACUGAGCAGUGAGCACAGUGUGUGCAUCACACACAGUUUUCACACUGUACACAUGUCAUGUGCUACCUUUGCCAGUAAAGUCUUUCACAAAUUAAUGCCUUCUGAAUCCCACUAUGCUUCAUAGAAAUAAGAAAUUCUGCUGCUCUAAGGAGCAUACACAGUGCAGCUCAGUCUUGACAUACUUCAUAAUAUAAAAGGCUAAAAGUUUAUAAUUACCUUUUCUUUAUAUUUUUCAAAUCAAAAGUCUACAUUAAAGUUCUCUGAUGUUAGAAGGUCACAGCAAUACUAUAUUAACUUCAUCUAGUUAAAUUAUGUUUGUUCUUAGCAGAGCACAUAAGCAGAAUUCAAGGAGAAGUUUUCAUUAACUCUUCAAAAACUUGGACAAGACCAUUGCACUUAACCAAAAAGCAAUUUAUUUUCUACCUACAAAAAUUAUUUUGCUAUUCUGUGAAACCUGGUUGCCAAGUAUUCUAAAUUUUUAAGAUAAAUUUGUUAUAUCUAGAUCAGUGAUUAAAAUAGUGUUUACAUAUGGAAGUUAAUUUUAAUCAAUUUGAGUCAAAAUGAAACAAAUGCAUUUUGAAAACCACAUAAGAUUGGAAUAUUUGGCUCCCCUACCAAGACAUAUUAAUAGGUGAGUUUUAUGUACAAGAUUUCUUUAAAUUUGGUUUAUUGUUUAAUCACAAUGCAACUUGACUAUUUUCCAAGGGAUACAUGUGAAAUAAUUACAGAGUUGAGAGUAGUUUUGUAUAGUAUUCCUUUAUUUCAUGUUAAUGCAUUGACAUUUUUACCAAGAUGCAAUAAAAUAUGUGCCAAAAACAGAACUUGGGAGAAAAAUACACAUUUUUCAAGGGCCCUGAGUAUUAUGGUAUUGCUACUAGAACCAUAGCCUUCUUUAGCAGAUCUAUUUUGGUUUAUCAACUCUGAGAAUAUAAGAAAGGGAUGUUUUCAUAUCUAGUAAUACACUAAGUCCCCAGCUAAUUAUUCUUUAUAUCAGGUUAUAGAAUUUAUAAGAAACCAGAUAUAUAGAACAAUGUUCAGGCACCUGUUGUGGCUAGCUUUACAAACCAAGGGUGUUUGAAUUAUUACAUAAAUAACCUGUAGGAAUAAUUAUCUGAAUCUAUAAAGUCAAAGAAUAAACAUAAAUUCAAUUAUCUUUUAAUCUGUUGUUGCUUAAGCAAUAAACUGACAAGAACUUUACUUCCUUAAAAUGUUGUGUUCUCUUUAUACCUGCCUUAAAAAAUCAGACAUGAAAAGAUCAAGGAAUCAUGGCUAUAAAGAAUUACUGGUUUUUUUAAAUACCACUUUAAAUUGAAGUAAUUACACCUACUAGUAAAGAAAUUAAACAGCCUUUUCUCUAGCUUAACAAGACACGUUUUUUAACAAGUAUUAGAUGUACUAAAAGACUUAUGGAUGAGGUUAUAUUCAGUCUAGGGUUUGGUUAACUUAAAUAAUGUCUGUUAACUGUGUUUAAAUAUUAUUUCUUGAUUCACUAAGUAUCUGCCCCAUACUAAUAUGCCACAUUGUAUGAAUAUAGUGAACUUGCUCAAAUGUUAUCUAAAUUUAAUCUAAUUCUUUAAGAAAAAAAAAUGUGUUACAUAUUAUUGUGAAUUGCUUAGCUUUAUUGAAUAUUUAAAAGAAAGUGCCUCAUGACUAAAGUGCAUUUUGUUUUAGAUUUACUGCAUAAAUUUUCAGUCAUCUGUACCUGUCUCUUAUGAAUGGUUUCAUAUCUAAGUAGAUACUUGCAAGUUAGAAUAAUCUUUUUUAAAGAUUUUCAUAAUAUAGAUAUCACCAAAGAUACUUUACUGUUAAUAAAUAACCAUGUGGUAGAACAAUCUUGGACAGUUCAGAGGCUGGAAGUUAGAUUGCAACUUGAUUUUAAAUAGUUAGGUAUAGGCAGUAACCUUGAUUCAUUAUUAAAGUAUCACCAACGAACGACAUUAAAGUAAAUUUUCCUGGUGAUGUUGGUCAGAUGCAGUUUUCUUGAAAUAAUUACAGCACACUUCCUUUCAACUACAUUCACUGUUUUUUCUAGCACUAAAGACCUUAGAAGAUCCUCAAAUAUGAGAUAUGUAUGUAACCAGUAGCCCCCUCCCACUAAAUGAAAAAAGAGAAAUUCAAGCUUGUAAAAGAAUAUUGAAAUUGAAGUUUUAAAGUUUAAGAAGCGUUUUAUUCUAUAAAGACAGUAUUAAGUAAAUUAUACUUAUUUAGCUCUUGCUUACUAAAAUGUGAAAUUUUAUUAAAGACAGAUUUGGGUAAAAGU